AUGGUAAAACCAGUUCCAGUUCCCUUGGUAGAUCUCAACUUUGGCACUGAUCCUCUUUUUAGUUUUAGUGCACAUCCAAGCGAGAACGCUCUUGUUGUUGGCUCGGGCACUGGACAGGUCAAGUUGCUAAAGUAUGACGUUGAAAAAUUGGAAAGCCAUAUAUUUCACUCCACCGAUAACGAGUGUGCCCAGAUCGAUGUCAAAGCCAAGGAACUCCAAGGUUCUGACUGUGUCACUAUUGGAUGGCGCACAAAACGUCACCAGGGUAGUUGCAGAUCCAUUAUUUUUGAUCCAAAGGGGGAGUAUGUGUACUCCGCUGGUCUCGACAAGCAAAUAAAAAAAGCCAAAGCAGAAACAGGCGUGGUGGUUGCAAAAUCAGACGUCCUUGCUUCCAAUAUCACCAAAAUCUUAACUGUUCCCAACAAAAACUUCUUGAUAGUGGGAACGGAGGAUGGUGACGUUCUCUGUCUUGACUCCAACACCCUGAAGCAAACGUACCAGAUAAAAAAAGUUCACGAGGAUGCAGUCAAUUCUAUAAACCACUACAAAAGAACGACCUUUGCACCAAAGUGA